AUGAAAAAAACUAAAGAAAAAAUGAAAAUCCGCGAUGAAAAAAGGAAAGAGAAAGAUCUGAAAAACAACAUAAUAAUACAUAGAAUGGUCGAGUCACCUGUAAAGGAAGGCGAUAAAAAGAACAGCGAAGACAGAAAAGAAAUAAUAACACUCAUCAAAGACGUGCUAAAAAUACCUUGUGCAGACAAAGACAUUAAGAGAAUAUUCAGGUUAGGCAAAGCCAAAGUGACGAAAAACCACUACUCAUCAAGUUCCAAGGCAGAAACAAUGAAAAACAUAGUGCUAGAAGCUUGUCAAAACUCCGGCACACGGAAAAAAAAUACAGAAAAAUAUGUGACGCACGACAUGGCAAAGAGCGAAAGGGAGCAAUGCAGAAACUUGAUAAAACAAUGCAAAGAAAAACAAGGCGCAGAAAAACGCUUAAAUCCGGCCCUAAAUCCGGCCACCAAAUCCGGCCGGGGCCGGAUUCGGUCGGAUUUGAAAAAAGCCGGAUAUUGGCCGGGACCGGGGCCGAACUUCGGUGCAUCCCUAGAAAUAAUUUUUAUAUAUAUUGUCUUUGAAAAAUCUUAA